GUGGAGGGUCAGUGUGUUGGGCAGAGCGUCGCCGAGCACUUCCUUUCCGCCACGACUCUACCACCACCACUAUCACUACUACCAUCUCCUCCACUUCCACCACCACCAAAACAACAACAACAACAAUAUCAACAACAACACUAAUAAUCUCCAUUGCAUUAUUACACGACCCACGCUGCACGCUAACCAACAGCACACACCACAACUACAGGCCACGCUCCCUCACCACCACCACACCACCACCGUUCCACCACAACCACGCCUCCGUCUGCAGUUCUGUCUUCUCGCUGCUCACGUUUUCCCCGCCAAGAUCAUGCUGCGGCCGCCGAUCCAGCCAGAGACUCAGGCCCAGCGAAUAGCCACCCCCUGCUGAGGCUUUGUGUGGUCCCAGGCCCCGCAGACAGGCCUCUCAACGCGGCCCCUGAGCGACAUGAAGACAGGCUGGAAAGGAAAGGUGAUCAGCCAGACGGAAAACCAUGUUCCUCUGAGGUCUUCGGGGAGAGAAAGAGGCGGAGGAGCGGGGGACGCCUUGAGGGCAGCGGCCUUGCUUGCGUGUGCCAAGUGCGGCGGGAGAAGCCCUGGGAAGCCUCACCUUUGAGCCUCUCCUAUGCGAACACUCGACUCGCUACUCGCCUUACUAGUAUGUACAGACCGUGUCGUACCGUGAGCUUGGUGUGGGCGUGGGUGUGGGCGUGGUGCGGAGUGCCGGCGGGCGUUCUGGGGGCCGCUGCCAUCCCGCCGGGGCUGACCACAGAGGCGCACAUCUUCACGGGUCCCACCACCACCACGCCCCCGCCUCCCGCGCCCCCUGAGGACUUUACCGUCACGUACAAGGAUGUGUUCGCCUCCUUCGUGCAUCUCACCUUCAGCUACAACGCCACAUUCAACCUCACCAAAGUGACGUUGAUUUACAAGGACCCUCAAGACUCCAGCCGCCACUACAUCACUCUCAAGACAGUGGCGGACGGCGGUGACUUCGACCCCACCUCUCUACAUGAGCCAGCGUCGGGCCGCCUCGGCUUUGAGUUCCGCCUCGGGGGUCUGUACCGGCUGCGGCGCUACAACCUGAGGGCGGACGGGUUCCGGGGCCGCACCCGCAUGGCCGGCACUACCUUCACUUUCCUCACUGGAGAAGAUGACGGCGAGGACAAGCUGUACAACCUUCAGGGGAUCUUUCUGGUGUUGGGAAUCUCCACAAUCAUCAUGGUGGUGGUGAUGGUUUGCGUUGGCUACGAGAAACUCAUCCACGAGAAGAAGGACGAAUGCUGCCGUGUCAUGUGCUGCCGCCGAGGAAGCAAGAAGCCGCCUCCUAAAUCCUCGAUAUCCCCAGAACCUUUAGUGGUGAGGGAUAACAGAGGCGAUUUAGAUGAUAACUCCAACCCGAGGUACUGAGUUCCCGCCCCACUGCGAGUACAUGACACCCACCCACAGCCUGACAACUCUGCUGCUCUCUCCUACACUGAAAACCUGCGAGUCCCUAAAGCCUCUGGGAUUGUGAGGGAGAGUAGAGGUGACUUACAGGAUAACUUGUAACUUAGAGUAUUGAAUUUCCUCGGAUCUGCCUUCCUACCGCCCUCCCAUGGCCUUGUAAAGCUGCCACCCUCACCCACCCUAUUUUUCAUCCUCCUGGUUAUCCCUCGAGCCAUUCUCUUUCACUAUCACACUUAACACCACUUCUACAGCCUAUCUUUCUCCAUCCUUCUCUCUCUCUCUCUCUCUCUGCUUCAAGGGUAGCUCGUUACAGUACUUGGUUCAGACAUUAAAGUUCCGAGUUUGAUACCAGCUCACAGAAGUUUCUCGGUGGAAGAGGUAGGGCGUUUUCGUAACCCCAAACCGGUACGCCAUAUGGCCUCAUUGUUGCAGCGUUGUGUUUUCAGUAACCGAUCCUUAGCCUCGUCCUUGAAACCAGACGACACUAUUCCUCCAUUCUUCACGCCUUCAUCCUUUUGAGCCGCUCCCUCAUUCUGUUCCUGCGUCACCUGCCCAAGGACACUGCCUUAAUGAUGGACACCAGAUGAUCUUAUCUUUGGGAGUUACGAUUUCACUCACCAUCUCUCGCCUUAUCCUGCGUCUCGUCUCGCUCCUCCCGCGGCUAUUCAUAGCUGUCAAGGGAAGGAAAAACUAGAGUUGAGUCUGUUAUUUAUUUCAUAGUCUUGGUGUCAGAUCGUGUUUUUGUACCAUCUUAUUUAUACUGUGUGUGGUUGCCUUGGUUUACUGAAUACUUGAGAUUUUGAUUCGGAGAGAGAGAGAGAGAGAGAGAGAGAGAGAGAGAGAGAGAGAGAGAGAGAGAGAGAGAGAGAGAGAGAGUAUUCUCAGUUAAGAAUUCAUUCUACUUGAUUCCAGUUCUUUUAAGUUACAUAUGAGUGCAUAUUUCCUUGUAGACGUUAAAGGAAUAACACGAACCGAGACCGUCUUCUCACAUUGAAAGAAUAUAUUUUUCUUUCCUUUUUUUCAUUUCUGCGUUAUUGGCCACGAGUAUCCGAUACCGUUCCAGCCUUUCUAUUUAAUUCCUCAUUACGGCCAUAUGCAUCUUUCUCUACCGUUCCUAUCUUUGUUCUAUGCUGACUUCCUCGUGAGUAUCCUUCUGUACCGUUCUCCUUUGUGAAGUACUGUACCUGCAGGGACUGCCUUGAUACUAAGGACGUGUUCUGUACUACUUGUCCUGUUAACAACAUUUUGAUGUACUAACAAGGAACGUAUUUACCACUGUCUCACUGUGCCUCUCGAGUAUUAAGUGUGCACUCCAUUUCCAUUUUUCCAUUGUAGUUCUUUAUACCAACGGUGUUAUGAAGUGCUACCAUGUAAUAGCUGUACCAAUAAUACUGAGAUAGACGAUCCUGUAGCAAGAUGUACUGAUAUACAUAUGCUAGCUAUAUAUUAGUGUACGUACUGUACCAUUAUGACAUCUUUGCAACGUUUUGAAUUACAAGUAUUUCCAAUUUACUACUGCUGUUGACCCAGUUCUGUAGCGGUAGAAGUAUACAUAGUUUUAAUACAAACAUCCUGUUAGGUUAGGUUUACUGGUUGUUCUUUGAUAUUAUACAUAAUAGACGUACACAAGCAA